AUGCACGGCGGCUGGCACGAUGACAUCAGAUUCGGUAAGCCGUCGCUCCCGUGCCGUCCUAGCCUUUGCCCUCGGCACUUCUGCAAGAUGGAUCUUUUGGACAAGGACGGUGACUGCAUACACUUCAUCAUUGAUGCCCAUGGCAAGCUGAAAGAGUAUGUGAAUGGCCAACUGGAGAUCGAGGAUGUGCGAUGGCUGCAGUACAGCGCAGCUGCUGGCAGCAUCACCGAUGCAAAGGGAGUUUUCGAACUUCAGCAGCAAGACCAGGUUGAGAAGGCGCUUGGGCUCCAUGCCUUGGCCAUGCGUGCCGGCAUCGAAUGGCGCGGCGAACGGCCUCCCCCGGCGCAGAAACUGCUGGUCACAGACACCGAUGGAGACAGGCUGGAGUUCGUCUUGAACGACGACGGCAAGCUUCAGGAAUUCAACAACGGAGAGGUGGAUCUGAUGGAAGUCACCACCAUGUGCUUCAAAUUUGCUGAUGGUUCCGUCACUGAUGACACAGGAGUCUUCACCUUACCGCCCCGGGAAUGCAUGCAGAAAGCCGCCGCCCUGUACUCUUUGGCCCUCGAGGCUGGCAUCAGAUGGACCGGCGACAUCCCGCUGCAGGUCUCCGCACUGCCGCUUGGAAGCGAACCUAAGGUUCUUGACAUCGAGAAUUGUGCGGGAGACUGGGAGUAUGAGUGCCCCAAGCUUUGGGAGAGCUUGACUCCAACAGAUGUGCCGAACCAACGAUUCUGUAACGUUUGCAAAGAGAAUGUAUAUUUUUGCGAAUCCAUUGAAGAGAUCAACGCGCACACCAUGCAGCGCCGUUGCGUGGCCUUCCUGGUUCGUGAAACCGCCGUUGGUGCAGCGACCUCUGCUAGUGCAGAGCAGAGUGCCAUCUCACUACACAUCGCCUUACUUUCCGGGGAAGAGCUUCCAAAGUUGAGCGUUCCUGCAGAAGCAAGCAUCUGCAGCGUCAAGAAGGCAGUGGCAGAAGUGGCCGGCAUACCCGCGGAGGAGCAACAGUUGCUUCUGGAAGGCCGGCAGCUGAGUGACGAGGAAAGUCUCGCCUCCUGCGGCCUCGCAAAGGAGGCGUUUCUUCAGCUUAUCCGGGUGCUAAAACCCGUGCUCGACCGGGUCCGAAUUGAGGGAAAGCGGAAGAUGGGAAAGAGGAGGCCGCCACCUCGCGGAUGA